CUUAAAAACAUUGCAAUAUCACUUUUUUCGUUCAUUGACAUUAGUUGUAAUCAUUCCAAGAUUUCAAGACAAAUUUAUGAAUUUGUUUUGCGUAAAAUACAAUUCGUCAAGUCAAAAAGACAGGCUAAGUGUUUAUUCAAAAAUGGACCAGUUUUCACAUGAUUUAACUGUUGCAUUGAUGGAAGAGACUUCUUUGUUAGAUCGAGUGCGAGUAAGUAGGUGGGGCCAACGAAGAAGGACUCGUUCUACGGGGAAUUUGCCAUGUGCGCCGCAACCAACAGAGAAAGAAGACUCUUCUAGUAGCCCAAGCGACAUAAGAAAAGCAAGAAAUAUAGAUGGUUUAGAUAUAAGCAAUAUUAAAUUACCUAAUAUGAGUGAUUCCGAUGAUAAAGAAACACAUUUUCCCACAAAGACUCCUUUGAAAACAGCAAUUCGCUUGGGUACACUAGAAUCAGAUUCCUUAAAUGAGACUUUCAGUCCGUCAAGGUUUUUUAAAUCCAGUGCCAGAAGGAAAAGAAAAUUUAAAAAAAUGUCUAUGGAAUGUGAUAUAGGUAUUGUAGCACCAAUACAGAAUCCAGAUACAAGUGUUCAUUCGUCAUCAACAGUUACAGCUACUGCAACAGGAUGUGGUACAGUGAGGAAACGUGUUCUGAAACCCGACCCUAAUAACCGCAAUAACUUAUUUUUUUGUGGAAAACGUAAAAGAUCAAAUCGUGAUCGAUACCAAGAUUAUGAUCACACGAAAUCCCACUCAACGAGUAUGCCCCGCUAUUCGAAUAUGGAAGAUAAUAAAAUACGACCACGAAGUUAUUCCUCCACAUCGAAACCUCAUAGUGACCGUUUGAUGCCUUUAAAUAAAGGUCUUCUUUCUAGAAUAGAAAAAAUAUCACAAUUACAAAAGACUGAAUGUGAGCAAAAAUCGUCAACUUCUUUUCUGAACAAUACUGAAACAAACACCUCUACAAUGAGUCUACAAAUACAAGAACAACAACAGGAAUUCAAAAUUCUGCGUAAAAAACGAAGCCAAUAUCGACGUUCUCAACUCCAAGAAUUACAGUUUCCUGUUGAACAGCAUCCCAUGGAUUGCAGUAAUAUUAAUGAUUUUCUAAGUUCGAGUUCCCUAAGUUCAUCCGAAUCCGAUGACGAACAAAGUGCAAACGAUACGGAUCGAGAAGGAGACGAUGAACUAACAGAUUGGCCAGGAAAUGAAUGUGUUAGUGGUCCCGCAGACCAAAAAAAUGAUUUUAAACGUAAACUUACAAAGAAAAAUACAAAUCCUCUUAUGAAAUCAGAUGAAAGCUCCAUUACAGCUAUGAUGGGUGAAGAUGAUACAAUGAUGUUAGGUAGUGAAGAUUGGUCACCAAAUAUUUCAAAUGAUAAUUUAGAACUUCGUUAUCGACCAUCAGAACCAAUCGCUAUCACAAACAAAAGUUUUGAUUUAGGACGAGGUAUAUGCGACGAAGCCAUCAUUCCUUUCAAACAAAUAGAAAGCGAAAUGUCAGGUGAAACGUCAAAUCCAUUCCUUUCUUCGCCACCAUCACAUUUAAAUGAAAUAAGAGAAAUACGUGCUGGUUGCCGACGGAUCAAAGAUGAGAGACCUGGUUUUAGCAUAAAAACAAGUGUUAAUGAGCGGCUUGCUCGAUUCUUGCAAGACCCGAGACAAGUACAAAUCCGUCUGCCCGAUAUAGAAAUCUAUGAGCAUGAAAGCUUACUUAAUCUGGCCACAUUGUAUUCUUUACAUAUCACAUUGACAAAUGGAUGCGCCAUACUUAACAAGACCAGCAACACAACUCAAUCUAUUCAUAUUGACCAAAACGGUUUGCAAAAUUGUUUGCUUAGUGACUUUAAAAGGCGAUGUUAUGGAAACGAAAGUGAAAGUGUCCCAAGGGACUAGAAGUUCAACAAUAACCUUACACCAUUAGUCAACACAUGAAAGAUAUAAAUAAAUAAAAUAGUUGCGAUUGUUUUAUGAUUUUAAAGCAACUGCGCUUUGAGUAUUUAUUAUAUUUUAUACGUUUUUAUAUGAGCAAGAGUUUAUUCAAAAAAUUAUGAAUGAAAAGUGUUUUAA